GAAGCACUCACUCCUCUUCACCAUUUCCUUUCUCUCCCACCGCUGCAAUCAAAAUCGCGCCUUGCGCGACCCAAGUUUCGACAACUCAAUGGAGCUUUGUUCUUCAUCAUCUCCAUCCUCUUCUCUCCUCCGCGUCUCACCCGAAAAACUCUCCUUCUCUUCCUCAAUCUCUCAGUUCCAGCUAAAGCCCUCGACUUUCGCCAAACCCAGACUCCAAAUCCUCCGAAUCCACGCCUCCCUCGCUUCAGAGACUCAGGGACUCCCACGAGACAGCCCUCAGCGUCUCCUCAAGGAGCUAGCCCAGCGCAAACAAUCCACCGCCACUCCCUCCAAGAAGAAACUCCCUCCCAAACGCUUCAUCCUUCGCCCGCCACUAGACGACAAGAAGCUAGCGGAAAGGUUCCUCAACAGCCCGCAGCUCUCUCUAAAGUCGUUCCCUUUACUCAGCUCCUGCCUCCCUCCUUCGAACCUCAACUCCUCCGACAGAACAUGGAUCGACGAGUACCUCCUCGAAGCCAAACAAGCCUUGGGAUACUCCCUCGAACCUUCCUCCACCCUAAGCGACGAGAAUCCUGCGAAGCAUUUCGACACGCUUCUCUAUUUAGCGUUUCAGCAUCCUUCUUGCGACAGGGCACGUGCGAGGCACGUGAAGAACGGGCACUCGAGGCUUUGGUUUUUAGGGCAGUAUGUGAUCGAGCUUGCGAUUACUGAGUUUUUCUUGCAGAGGUAUCCGAGGGAGCCUCCGGGGCCUAUGAGGGAGAGAGUGUUCGCUUUGAUUGGGAAGAGGUUUCUCCCCAGGUGGAUCAAAGCGGCUAACUUGCAGAAUCUUGUCUUUCCUUAUGAUGAUAUCGAUAAGUUGCUUAGGAAAGAUCGUGAGCCAGUGGUUAAAUCUGUGUUCUGGGCUUUGUUUGGUGCAAUCUAUCUAUGCUACGGGAUGCCGGAAGUGUACCGUGUGCUUUUCGAGGUGUUUGGGAUGGAUCCGGACGCAGAUGACUGCCAGCCUCGAGCUAGGAGACAGCUUGAGGAUGUAGAUUAUGUCUCUGUUGAGUUCGAAGGCAAGAAGCUAGGCUGGCAAGAUAUUGCUACGUACAAGCCUCCUGAAGAUGCUUUGUUCGCACACCCGAGGCUGUUCAGAGCCUGUGUUCCACCUGGAAUGCACCGUUUCAGAGGGAACAUUUGGGAUUUCGACAGCAAACCCAAAGUCAUGCAGGCCUUAGGAUACCCUUUACAGAUGAACGAUAGAAUCCAAGAGAUAACCGAAGCGAGAAACAUCGAGCUUGGACUCGGUUUACAGCUCUGCUUCUUGCAUCCUUCGAAGCACAAGUUCGAACACCCUCGGUUCUGUUUCGAGAGAUUGGAAUACGUGGGGCAGAAGAUACAGGACAUAGCGAUGGCGGAGCGUUUGCUGAUGAAGCACCUAGACGCACCUGGUAAGUGGCUGCAAGAGAAGCACAGGCGUUUGUUGAUGAACAAGUUCUGCGGUAGGUAUCUGAGGGAGAAACGUCUUCACAACUUUAUAAUCUACUCGGAGGAGGUUCACGAUCGGUAUGAGCAUAACCGGAGACUUAGGAAUCCUGCGACGACAGCUGUUCAGCAAGCUAUUCACGGACUAGCGUAUACCGUCUACGGAAAGCCUGAUGUUCGGAGGCUCAUGUUUGAGGUUUUCGACUUUGAGCAGAUUCAGCCUAAAGCUAUCGUCUGAAAAAGUCUAUUUUACGUGUAGCAUCCUCCAUAUUUGGUAUAUGUUGGUGUAUUUAGAGAUACUUAAAGACAUUUGAUUUGACUAUUUACGUUUCUUUUUUUGAACUACAGAGUUAAUCGUGUUUGA